UUCCUGUGAAAUUAAGAGAACAAAGGCUGUAUAAAGUGAUAACUAGGCAGAGGUAAAGCCCUUCAUACACAACUCCUCCCUCGAUCUUCCCUUCACUUUGUCCUACAGCAAAACAUAGGUACACACUGGUUAGAAGUGCUCAGCCGUGUGGGUGAAGAUUCAGCCCUCUCUAAAGAUGAGCACCUUGUGGUUCACCUCCUUGUGGCACCUCCUCCUCUUCCUCUUCACCUCAGAGGAAGCCUGCGCAGAGUCUGUCAUAAAAAGUGUGCGACUCAUUGUCCAUCCAAGAGACGAAGUUGAAAGAGGUACAAAUGUGACAUUAGAAUGUCAGGCAGAAGUCAGCCACAAGGAGGGGUCUCAACCCAACCAUAAUUACAGCUUCUACAAAGAUUUUAAGUCAUUAAAUACUGACCAGACCAGUUCUAGGGACAACUUCUACUCUAUACCAGAUGCCAGAGUGGCCCACUCUGGGAAAUAUCAAUGUGUUGUUAACACUAAGGAGCAAAAGGGGCAAAGCAGUGUCGAAGCCCUUACAGUGAAAGGUCUUCAGACACCAGUCCUAAAAGUGGAUAAACUGAAACUGAGAGAGGGAGAUGAUGUUACUGCUGUCUGUACAGUAGAGGAAGAAAUAGGUCCUUUGACAUUUUUCUUUAGCGAUGGAUCUCAGGACCUCUACAUGGAGCACACAGAGAGUCACAAAGUUGAGCGGCAGCUAGUCCUUCCUAAAGCAACUAUGAAUAUAUUUUGCUACUAUUCUUUUUCAUUUCCUAGCACAAUAGAACGCUCUAAUAAAAGUAAUGUGAUACGUUUUGACAUUCAAGAGGUGGCGAUUAAUCCCAAUAUCAAAGUCAACCCAUCAACAAAUAUCACUGAAGGAGAUCUCAUAACUUUCAACUGCAGUGUUGAUACGACUUACCAAAGAAAUUCUGAACUCAAAAUCAGUCUCGUACAUGGACAUACUUUGCUCAGUGUUAACAUGACACAGACAGAUUACAAAAUGCCUAUUAAGGCUAAUGAAUCUGGGGAAUAUGAGUGCAUCUCAAGGCUUGGUCGUGUUUCUAAAUCAUCCGCUAUGAACAUCACUGUAAAAGAGCUCUUCUCCAUGCCUGUCCUGAGCAUUCCUCAAGAUAAGGUUUUUGAGGGAGAAAACUUUACCAUCAGCUGUCAAAUCAACAGCUUUGCCAAAGAAAGGAUUCAAAUGGAUGAUAUAAGGUACUCAAUAUUCCAAGACAACACACCUGUAAUAAAUGGUAGCAUAUACAAUGGCACUGCAGGAAAAGCAUCGAAUGGGAAAUAUAUAUGUGUUGCUGAAGCCAAAGAGAUUACCAAAAAGAGCAGGAGUGUGCUGUUUGAAGCAAAAGUUCUCGUUUCAAAGCCUGAGAUCUCAGUUGAUGGUCCUGUUAUCAUCAAUGAGUCAUUUUGGAUAUAUUGCCACUCUGACAAUGGAAGUCUGCCAAUUAUCUACUCACUAAAGAGAAACAAAAUUACCCUGAACAGGACUGAAGUGUCUGACCUUCGUGAGAAGGCUCGUUUCUUAGCCAUGAUAUCAACUCCUUCUGACAUCAGCAGUUACAUGUGUGAAGCAGAGAAUAAUGGCCAAUUCUCAAGAAAGAUGAGUGAAAGGUUACAUGUGCCUGUAAUAGUUCCAGUAGGGAAGCCCUUACUGACCGUCAUUCCAGUUCCAGGAAACAUUGAAGAGGGCAGUGAUGUUACCCUGAUAUGUAACAUUGCAAAAGGCUCUCCACCUAUCACAUUUAGUUUUUAUGGAGGCAGUGGCACAAAAAUCUACCACACCACAGUUCAAAGUAAUUCAUCCUCAUAUGGUCUGAGUGCAGUAAAGAGACAGCACAGUGGAAAUUAUUAUUGUGAGGCAAAUAACCAGGCAGAUGCCUUGAUGAGAAGUGACACAGUCACAGUCGAAGUGAGCCUGGCAAAUUGGAAAAAGGCUUUGAUUGCUGUGUUCUGCAUGCUGGUAGUGGCCCUGCUGGUCCUUUUCAUUGUGAUGCGCUACAAGGCCAAGCGAGGUAAAAGAGAGAUGGCUGCCGAACUAUCAAUAAAGCCUGCAAGCCCUAAAUCAGAUGACUCUUUAACCCUGAGUCUCACCCAUGACACCCAUUAUAGCGACCACACAGGCGCAGAGCUACACUUUGAUGCCUUGACGGGGAAAGUGACCUAUGGGACAUGAGAUCACCACAAUUAAUGGGAACAACUAAAGAAUCCUGUGAAUAGUGUAGUGAAGGGUCCAACAUUUUCAGGGAGUUAUGAAAACCAUAAGACAAAGCAAUUUCUAAGAUUAUGAAACUGGAGGCUAAAUUAGCUUUUCUAAAAAAAAAAAAAGAAAAAAAAAAGGAAAAAAAAAUAAGUAUUUUUAUAACCACCUCAGAUCUUUUUAGUUUUUCAGGUCAUACUUUUUUUUAAAAACAAGGAAAAUGGGAAUUUAACUGUGGAUUGGUAACAUGAUUGGAUUUUUGAAAAACUGUUGGUUUAGAUGCAAUGUCUAAAUGUUAAAUUUGUCAUCAAAAUGUGUCAGUUUUUGAAGCAGGCAAGUAUUGCAAUCAACUGCCCCAUUUUCUUUUUAUUCGCUUUAUGACAGCAGAAAAAAAUAGUAAACUCCCAUAUCACAGCAGUUUGGCUCAUUAUUCAUCUUAACAGCAUCUGAAUCAUCUGUUCACCAUUUGCUUUUUCUCUAAUUUCAUUGCUUUGCUUGCAUACAGUAUGUGUUCUUGCUUCCAUUAUUAUAUGUUUGUUUAUUAAUUGAUGUUCUUUAUUUCAUUUUACUCUAAAAGUAUCUGUGUUAAUGCUUUAUUUACUGUUAAAUAUUCUAUAAAAAUGUGUGUAUGUAUUUGGUACAUGAAACGAGAUUUGGUAGGCACUUAAAAUCUAAUAAAAUUCUUUAUUUGGAA